GGCCAGUGACAAUGACUUUGGAAGUGGACACAUGUUUAUAUUAGAGAGGAAGAAUGGACAAUUUGACAUGAUCGCCAAGACCCUGAUAAAAAGACAGUCUGGGAUCAACAUUGGCCCAGCUUUCACUCGCUGGCGUGAGCUCAAAGAUGAGGAGGGAUUUUUCGCCCAAUGCUGCCGUGGCUCUGUUCCUGCUAAACUCAGGAAGCCUGUCUUGUUGAAGGAAAGCCAUGGUGGCAAAGCAGUAUGACUGACAGUUUUCUUGUUUGGCUUCCCUCCCUGUGUAGACACACACACACACACACACACACACACACACACAUUUACACGCACACACCCACACCCACACACACGCUUAUCACCAGGAGGACAAAGUGUCAGCUGUAUGAGAUGAAAACAAGUCCACUCCCGCUGAUUUCUUAGGCCUUUCGUCACACGAUGGCGUCCACCGUGUCGCCUGUAACCGCCAGCAUUUUCGUCCCCUCGCCGCCCCGUCCAGCCGUCUGGCCUCCUCUGGACUUUGCCCUCGGUGCCUUGGCGUGCUGCGCCGCCUGCGUCUUCACCAACCCUCUAGAGGUGGUCAAGACGCGCCUGCAGCUUCAGGGGGAGCUGCGUGCAGCCGGAACCUACCAGAGGCACUACCGCGGGGUCCUCCAGGCUCUCUGGGUGGUGGGGUGCACAGACGGGCUGCGGGGUCUGCAGAAGGGGCUCUCAGUGGGGUUGGUGUACCAGGGGGUGAUGAACGGAGUGAGGCUGGGCUCCUAUUCUUAUUGCGAAGCCCUGGGCGUCACCUCGUACCAUGGAGGAAGUGUUCUGUCAGGCGCGGGGGCCGGAGCCCUCGGAGCGUUCGUUGCUUCUCCUGCUUACCUGAAGGUGAAGACGCACCUGCAGGCUCAAACAGUGGAAGCAAUUGCAGUCGGCCAUCAGCAUAACCAUCUGGGAGCGUCCAGUGCCUUUGUCACCAUAUACAGAAAGGAGGGCUUACUCGGACUCUGGAGGGGUGUGAACGGAGCCGUGCCUCGAGUCGCCGUCGGCUCAGCUGCUCAACUGGCAACCUUCACCUCGGCCAAGCAGUGGGUCACACAUUCACAGUGGUUCGGCCCUGGCAACUGGCUGACGGCUUUGACAGCGGCCAGCAUCAGCGGGGUCGCCGUGGCCGUCGCCAUGACACCUUUUGACGUCAUCAGCACGCGACUCUACAAUCAGCCGGUGGAUGACUUUCACGAGGGCCGCCUCUACCGGGGCUUUUGGGACUGCAUGCUGAAGGUGUGCCAGGCUGAAGGCCUGCUGGGUCUAUACAAAGGCAUGGGUCCGGUCUUCCUCCGCUUGGCUCCUCACACAGUUCUCAGCAUGCUCUUCUGGGACGUAUUGAGGGAACAGACCGUAAAGGAACAGCAGGGCCCGGGGUCGGGCUGAACGGGACCCAAACACAACAUCAAUAUUGCAUACUUUUGAAGGAAAAAAAAACUUUCUCGACCAACUAAUUAAUGAUGCUGCUCGGCUUUGAGAAACUCCUGUAAAAUGCAUGAAGUGUGAUGAUAUUAACUCAAGUUGUGAUGUAUUCAGUGGCAAUAACGUCUGCCUGGAUGAUGACAAAGUUAUAUUUUGUACCUUUUUUUUCCAACGGCUGUUUUAGAUAUGGACCACAUUGGUAGCAUUAUUUAGGGGGCGCCGCAAGGAUGACGGGUAAGAAAAGUUCAUAUUUAUUGGUAUUAGGCACUUAUUUGGCGCCCUGUGCGGGCCGAAUAGCAAAGCAAGUCACAAAAGUUAGAAGAGUUUCAAUCUCGGUUAGAAGGGGGGUCUGGCAUAGGGCGCCAUUGAAACUUGAACCAGUUCAGUAGGCAACCUGUAUCCUACAAUCAGUCUGAUACAUUUUGGUACUUGAUAUGAACUUACUGUAUUUAGUGCCAAAGUGACUAUAAGAAAGAUUUUGGAAUGGUUGUCACGUGACUAAGAAUAUGUCCUGGCAAUACUGCACAUUUUGGUAUGGAUCUGAUACCAAGUAAAUAAAGGGACAGUAUUGCCGAUACGGAUACUGAUACUUUUUACUUUGACAUUUUGUGAGAGGUUUUUGUCAUAAUGCCUUUCGUUCGUUGAUCAUGAUUUUAAUCGAUUUAAACACUCAAAGAUUUUAGGCAAACAGACUUUUCAGUGAGUAAUUCAACAAUAUUCAAUGGUGUAACAAUAUCUAUUAUUCCCUUUUUUAUUCUUUGGAAUUGUUUGAGCAGAUUGAACUCAAAUUAGGUAAAGAAAAGCAAAAACUGCAACUGGUUUAAUUCAAAUAAUAUUUGGCUACAAAUCAUGCUGUAUCCAAUAACUAAUUCCUUGAGUUUGAGCGCAAUAUAAGAUUAUAUACCGCUGCAAAACAUAACAAAAACAUCGUUUUGAAAAUCAACAUAGAAGAUAAAUAAGGAAUAUCAAUCGCACCAUGCUAGUAUCAACCCAAUACUGAUCAUUCCUAUCAAUAUUUGACCAAAUACUCGAUCCGACAUUAAAUCAAUAAGCAGCAAGUAUUACCGAUAAUUUGUACAUGACAUUUUUUCAAGAUCUUUCAAUGAUUUUGUGAUUCAUUUGUUAAUCAUGAAUUAUUAUAUAAAACACAAGACACAUUUUAGACAAACAAAUGUACAGUAUUAAUAUAGAACAAUAUAAAACAAUAACAAUAUAAACAACAAAAUACGAUAUUUGUGAAAAUAAACAGUAGAUAUCGACGCUGAUACCACGCUUAGUAUCCUAUCCUUGGUGCUAUCAUAUAGCAAGUAAAACUUAAGUCUUCCUCAACCCGGGAGACGGUGAAACUUAAGUAAGUGAACGAGUUAGCGAAGACGAGUACCUAUGAGUCAUUGUUUUGUAAAAGACUUGCGAGUUUCGAACAACUUGUCAAUGACUCGCGCAUCUCUGCCUUACAGGAAGUGCAUGGGUUCCCUAAAAUGGCAAUCGGUCAGGUAAAUUGGCUCAUUUUCAAGAGCUUAUUUUUUGGCAUCUAUAUGGAGGUUAAUUUGUGUCUUUAUUCUGAAAUAUUUUUUUGACACUGAAUUCAUGUUUUUUUGUGUUUAAGUUUUGUGAACUGAAGUUCUUUACAUUAAAUUACGCUGACAAUUUAAUUGAAACAAAUUCAGUGUA